AUGUCGCAUAAAAGAUCACCUCCAACGCCUCCAGAUUCAGCACCACCAACUCCGGGCAUUGUCACACAUUACGCGACUGAGCUUCCAGCUACAGCUUCUGGCACGUUCCUACCAGAGACUGCAACUCCUGCAGGCUCUAAGCGGUGGACACGAAAUUUCACGGCUUCUCAGCAGCCAAUUCCAAGACCGGUUAUAUCACCAGUUCAAAAGGUUUCGCCAGUGCCUGUCGCUACUCCACGUCAAGCACCUACUCCGCCCGCAGUAUCUGCAACACCUACAGCUCCUGCAGCUCCUGGAGGGGGUCUUGAUAAUUUGGUCAAAAUAUUCCAGUUCAUUGAUGCAAAGUUCUCCGACCUAUUCAAAACAACUGACCUCGAACCCGAGGAUCAAGCUAUCAAGGAUGCCAGAGAUAUCGUAACACUUAGACAAACAUACCAAUGGCAACAACCAGGAAAAACGGAUCCAUCAUACCCACCAUGUUUGAAAAGCAUUCCCCCAGAUGACACAACAGGACUAUUAGCGAUCUUCAACGCAGAAAGACUCGUCGAUAUGGGCCUGUCAAUACUGCCUCCCAAGGUAGUCCCCGACUACCUCUCACAAUACUUAUUCGGUCCAACGGGUGGGAAGACCAUGGCUGAUUUGGAAUCCGAUAUGAUACGCCUCACUAAACAGAAUAAAAACAUUGGUUCCGAAAGCAGUAUUGCCAAUCGUCCAGACUGGUUCAGUGACGCUGUUUUCGGACAACAAUCUUUCACUGGACCGAACCCUACUAGCAUUCAAAGAGCAUCAACAGUCUGGGUCAAGGGAUUUGCGGAUCAGGCCAAGAAACAGAAGAAUACGCCAAUGUACUCCUUGAUCACUACUUCAGAUCCAGAAUCGUUCUAUAUCCAAGACUAUAGUUAUUUCCGCGAUGCUUGUGGUGCAUUUCCUGGCGCAACCCUCGAGUCGGAUGACAAGCUCAAAAAGCGAUACGGUUGCGCUGUUGUGACCCUUCUACAGCUGAGCAAGACUGGAAAUCUACAUCCAAUCUCGAUAUGCAUUGAUUUUGUCAUGUCUCUGGAUCACUCGGUAGUCGUAUUCAACAAGAGACUUCGAUCUACGGACCCGACGAAAGGAGAGAAGAAUGACUGGCCAUGGAGAUAUGCAAAGACUUGCCACAUGAUAUCAGAUUACUGCCGUCACGAACUGGGAGCUCAUCUCAACAACUGCCAUUUCAUCGAAGAAGUGACAAUCGUAGCAGCAUACCGUUCCUUCACCGCCGACCACAUCGUCUUCAAACUCCUCGAACCUCACUGGCUCAAAACCCUCUCUCUCAACAAAUCCGCCCGAGAAGCCCUCGUCCCCCUAAUCGUCGUCGACAUAGUCGGCAUCUCCAAACCGGCCACUUACAACUUUAUCAUGUCCGCCUACCGCAACUUCCACUUCACCGACUCCUACAUCCCCGCCGACCUCUCCAAGCGCGGCUUCACGCCGGAAACGCUCUCGCACCCGCGCUUCCACAACUACGCCUGGGCCCACAACAUGCUACCCAUGUGGCUCGUCCUGCAAAAAUUCGUCUCCUCCGUCCUCGCACCUCAUUACCCCACCGACGCAGCCGUCGAGUCCGAUCCCGCGAUCCGCAGCUGGUGUAAUGAGAUGCGGUCCCCGGCCGGGGCGCAGAUGCUCACGUUCCCGGAUAUCAAGACGGUGGAGGAACUCACCAGCGCGAUUGUCAUGUGUAUCCACCUCGCGAGCCCGCAGCAUAAUACCAUCAACUACCUCCAAUGCUACUACAUGUCCUUCGUCCCCGCCAAGCCUCCGUGUUUCUCGACCCCCUUGCCAAAAUCCCUUGCCGAACUGCAGAAGUUCACAGAAAGCGACUUAAUAGCCGCCUUACCCGUUAAUGAUGAACGGGUCUGGCUAAUGGCAGAGCAGUUGCCGUACCUACUCAGCUACGGCGUAGCGGAGGACCAGACGCUGGUCGAGUACGCGAAGGGGCUGCAGGAUGGGGCGGUGGGGAGCGGCGACGAGGGCAUGGAGAAGGCGGCGAAGGGGUUGGUGGAUGAUUUGGUGGGGCUUGGGGUGGUGUUUGCGCGGAAUAGUGAGGCGAUGGAUGAUCGGGUUGUGGAGUACGCUGUUAUGGAUCCUACGAGGUUGGCGGUUAGUAUUUUGAUCUGA